CCCACCAGAUGGGCUGAAUGCCCGCAAUCGACAGAAGCGCUUUGUGUUGUCUGGAGGACGCUGGGAGAAGACAGACCUCACCUACAGGUAGAGGCCAGAGGCCACCAGAGCAGGACUUUGUGUCCAUGUGAGAACCUAUCAUCCUGCUUCACAAGACACACACCAGGACUAGAUCUACAUAGUUAACAGAUUUGUUUACCCACUGAUCCCAGUCAUCCUUGGACCAAAACUCUUUGACACCCCAGUUCAGACACACACACAGUCUGAUACCCUCCCAUUGAACAGGGGUGAGUCAUCUGUCAUCCYCCCCAAAGAAUCUCAGCACAUGCCUGGGAUGGGUGUUCAGUCUCCCAGGCAGGCUUUACUGGGGCCAGGCCUGAGACUCCAUGGUAAAUGAGACAGAGUCACAGCCURGUCCUCCCUGGGAGAUGGUUAUUCAAAUCUACCCUCAUAAUUUAGGCCUCAUACAGGUGGAAAACAUGGUGAGCAGGGACAGUAAUAGAAGGCUCCUCAAUGGGUGAUAUGGAAGGCCUCUGGGCAGCUGAUAGUGGGCUGAGAUUUAGCCUGAGAGAGAAUGAUCUAGUGACAUACAGCAUUGGAGCUGCUAUUCACUAUGGGGGAGACCCUGGGCUUUUGAGCCCUGUCUUGGUUCCCAGUUCCCCACCCAGGGAGUACCCAAGGCCUCCACAAUCUCAGCUCCAAUGCUGGGGAUUCUCAUUUUUUGUAUUAUUUCUACCAAACGUAGAAACCUGUAUAUAUCUAAGUACUCACAAACACAUACAAAGAUGUACCCACAUGGCCAGGGAGACCAGUUGGUUGCACCUAAGRCUCAGAGCAUACCUGGCUUUCAACCUAGAGUACACCCACCCCAUGAGCAUCCAGGGGCAACUCUCGGCUCCUCAGGCAUCAGGAGCUUCUCUGCCCCAGGCCCAGGCCCAGGCCCCUCCACCUCCCCCCAGGAUCCUCCGGUUCCCAUGGCAGCUGGUACGGGAGCAGGUACGGCAGACUGUGGCGGAGGCCCUACAGGUAUGGAGUGAGGUGACGCCACUUACCUUCACUGAGGUUCAUGAGGGCCAUGCUGACAUCAUGAUUGACUUCACCAGGUACUGGCAUGGGGACAACUUGCCAUUCGAUGGGCCUGGAGGUAUCCUGGCCCAUGCCUUCUUCCCCAAAACUCACCGAGAAGGGGAUGUCCACUUCGACUAUGAUGAGACCUGGACUAUUGGGGACAACCAGGGCACUGACCUGCUACAAGUGGCAGCUCAUGAAUUUGGCCAUGUGCUGGGGCUGCAACACACAACAGCAGCUAAAGCCCUUAUGUCCCCUUUCUACACCUUCCGCUACCCACUGAGCCUCAGCCCAGAUGACCGUAGGGGCAUCCAGCACCUAUAUGGCCAGCCCCGGCGGGCCCCCACCUCCCAGGCCUCAGCUCUAGGUCCCCGGCCUGGGAUAGACACCAAUGAGAUUGCACCAGUGGAGCCGGAAGUUCCACCUGAUGCCUGUGAGGCCUCCUUUGAUGCAGUCUCCACCAUCCGGGGAGAGCUUUUUUUCUUUAAGGCAGGCUUUGUGUGGAGGCUGCGCAGUGGCCGACUGCAGCCUGGGUACCCUGCGUUGGCUUCUCGCCACUGGCAGGGACUACCAAGCCCUGUGGAUGCUGCCUUUGAGGAUGCUCAGGGCCACAUUUGGUUCUUCCAAGGUGCUCAGUACUGGGUAUAUGACGGUGAGAAGCCUGUCCUGGGUCCUGCACCCCUCUCAGAGCUGGGCCUGGUGGGGUCCUCAAUCCAUGCUGCCUUGGUCUGGGGUCCUGAGAAGAACAAGAUCUACUUCUUCCGAGGUGGGGACUACUGGCGUUUCCAUCCCAACAUUCGGCGUGUGGACAGUCCUGUGCCACGUCGGGCCACUGAUUGGCGAGGGGUGCCUUCUGAGAUUGAYGCUGCCUUCCAGGAUGCUGAUGGCUAUGCCUACUUCCUGCGCGGUCGACUCUACUGGAAGUUUGAUCCUGUGAAGGUGAAGGCUUUGGAUGGCUUCCCCCGUCUAGUGGGCCCUGACUUCUUCAGCUGUGCUGAGACUGUCAACACUUUCCGCUGAAGCCCUCAGGGGCUCUGAUUCCUGCCAGACCAACACCACUUAUAUCAGGAUAUAGACCCACAGCCAUCUUUGUGUCUCAGGGCACCAGAAUGGGACAGAGCUAUGUUUACUCAGGGGGGUGGGAUGGGGGUGCAACCACCAUGACAACUGCAGAGAAGCACCAUGCGGGUCAUGGUCACCUGCCAGCAACUGUCUCAGACUGGGCAAGGAGGCAUUACUUAAAAGUGAGGGAGAUCUUGGGGCUGGCYUUGGUCAAACCUGGCUGCCCAGUGUUUUCAUCUCUGCCCCUCAGGGUAGGACCUUGGCAGAGAUGGGGGGGAACUACAGCAUCCUCACUCUAUGCCUUCCUGUCAGGCUAUGCUCAAGCAUGGGAGAUGCCUGCAGGAUUCUGGUACUGGAACUGGGGGAUGCUAGGAGCUCUGUGGCUUUCUACCCUGGUCAACCAACUGGGCCUUGGGGCAAGACCUUUUCCUGAGAAGUCAGCUCUGGGUAGAUGCUUGGAUCUGGAUGCAUUCUCGUUGAUGAGUCAAGAGAUCUGUUCUCCAGGAUGCAGGCUAAAAGGUCCAGUCAGCUGGGAAGGGGGCUGCUUCCUCCUGGAGACCAGGAGCCUUAGAGGCCCCAACAUACCUCAAUUCUAUCCCUGGCCGGGUGGUUCUGAAGCCCUCAUCCAAAUACUGGUAUCCUCCAAAGCCAUGUAAAUGUGUGUA